AAAUCAUGUAAAUGAAAUUCAUCUAUAUAGAAUAUAAAAAUUUCAUUAAAAUCGAAAAAAAAUGUUUGAAUUUUUUUCAUCCCAAAAGUGAUUACCAUGCUUCCACUACCUUUGGAAGAGCAGCUUCCACUACUUUCGAAAGAACAGCUUCCACUACUUUCGGAAGAACAGUUUCUUACUUCUCUAUUUGAAAUAGGUCUGGUUUAUCUAGAUUUAUUAUAUAGUGUAAUAAUAAAGAAGGUACUCUUCUUAGUUUGACUUUUGUCUAAACAAUCAUCAUAGCACUUCUUAUUCUUCGAUGUUCCAACGGAGUGUUUCUCUAUUUCAUAAAUCAUGAUUUCGACCUCUAACCUAUGGGGAUAUUUCUAGGGUCGAGCCAAUUGGAUGAAUUAAAAAUGUUCUUAAAUCGUAUAUACAUUCUUCGAAAAUAGGUAUACACCAAUUUUGAUGUUCUAAAUAAAAUCAGAUGAUAAUUGAAAUAAAACAAUUUUUAUGCAUAAUAUUUUAAUAUUUUUCAUUGGUAUAUUACAAAGAAUUUAAAUUUAGAAGAAAUAAGAUUCAAGUGCAUAAUUUCAAUGUUGACAGGAAGCAUGCAUGCUAAUCAAUCUGAAUUGGAAAAUAAUGUCAAAUUUAGAUUUUCUUUUGUUUCAACAAAAAAUUGUAAUACAGCAAGUGCAUUAUAAGCUCAACUGACACAAUACUGAAGAAAAUUAAAUUUUACAACAGCUGCUGCUAAUCUAUAAGCGUCAGAAAAAAGAGGGAGCUAAAAUCGAGAUGUUGGUGGGAUCUACUGAAGGAAACUAUUUUUAAUGUAAUAGGAAGUACCCAGAAAAUAAUUGAGCUGAAGGCGUUGUAGAUUUAUAUGGUGUGAAAUAUUGCACGAAAAUGUCUCAAGAAGAAUAUGACAAAAAACUACGAAGCGUACAUCGUUUCAUACCUUUCCUAGAAAAUAUUAUUACUCAGUUGAAGGAUCCAAAAAUGAAGAAUAGAGAACAGCAACUUUCUAAAAUGGAGUCUCUGUAUCAAAUGAUUAUGGAUAAAAAUAAAAAGUUGAAAUUAGAAACCUUGAAUAAAUGCGAAGAUGUCAUUAUCAAAUUAUUUUACAAGGUGAGAGGAAAAAAUGCUAUCCUUCCACCCAUAUACAAUAUGAAUACAACUAAUAAGCAAGGAGAUAAAAGAAAAUCAAUCGACUUAUAUAGUCUGGCUGGGGAAACUAUAAAUAAACAAGACACUUUCAACGAAUUAUAUGGCGGCACCAGCAGUGGUAAUUUAAAGUCUCCAAGAAGACCACCUAUAUCGUAUUCCGACCUUGAAUGUUUAGAGAAGGAUGUAGCUCACGAACUGGAGAAGAAAAUGUCCCUCCAAGAGCUGAAUACACUGAGAUAUCGUUUGUGUAGAGAGCUUGAAGGAUCGAAACCAGACGAAAUUAACACAACCGUAAGGAAUAAACCAGUCCCAACCAAGUUGAACCCAACUUCUCCCGAUAAGAAUAGGAAAAAGGCGGAAAUAACAAUGAACGUUCAGCAAAAAAACGAGCCCUCAGUUACGAAAAAAAUUGAUUCAAAACCAACAGCGCCGAAGGUACUAAAAGAGGCCGGUGACCUAUUUGGCAAUGCGUUUUCCGAAAUUGACAAAAGCUACGGAUUGGGAUCGAAGAAAAAAGACGAUUCAAAAUACAAUAAAGAGAAGAAAGAUGUCGAAAUGGAAAACGAGAAAGCAUCGUUGAAGCAAUUGUCGGAAAAAGCAGCCCAAUUAAGGAGAAACGUAAAACCGAUAGAGAACGAGAAAGUUGAAAAAACUUCUAAUGGAACGAAAUACCCUUUCGAAAGUAUCGAUGUGACACCAUUGAGAACAAAUGAUUCUGAUAAUGUUCCUUUGAGACCUGUCAAUACUAGAAAUAAUGAUGUUAAAGACAAAGAAAAAAGCGUUUCUGUGAAUGUACCGAAAAUCGAUAAUUCCAAAGAGGAACCUAAAAAAGAAAAAAACGAAAUCGAUGAUUUCAAAGAAAAGAAUAAAAAGGAAAAAAAUGAAAUCGGCGAAUUCAAAGAGAAGAAUGAAAGAGGAAAAAGCGAAAAGGAUUAUUCCAAAGAAAAAAACAAAUCUACUACUGAUUCAAACAUGAUUCCUUUGAAAAUUCCAAACAACAGAGCCGUCGAUUCUUCAGAAAAUAAAGAAAAAAGUAAAUCUAGCACAGAUGUUUCAAAUAUUACAAACAUGAUUCCUUUGAAAAUUCCAAACAACAAAGCCGUCGAUUCUUCAAAAAAUGAAGAAAGAAGUAAAUCUAGCACAGAUGUUUCAAAUAUUACAAACAUGAUUCCUUUGAAAAAUCCAAACAACAAAGCCGUCGAUUCUUCAGAAAAUAAAGAAAAAAGUAAAUCUAGCACAAAUGUUUCAAAUAUUACAAACAUGAUUCCUUUGAAAAUUCCAAACAACAAAGCCGUCGAUUCUUCAAAAAAUAAAGAAAGAAGUAAAUCUAGCACAGAUGUUUCAAAUAUUACAAACAUGAUUCCUUUGAAAAAUCCAAACAACAAAGCCGUCGAUUCUUCAGAAAAUAAAGAAAAAAGUAAAUCUAGCACAGAUGUUUCAAAUAUUACUAACAAUGGUGAUUGUAAAGAUCAGGCGAAAACAACAAUUAAAGAGACAGGUUCUGAGGCUGAUACUGUUUCUCUUAAAAUUACCAUGUCUGACAAUGUUAUUCCGAAAAACGAAAGUAACAAAGUAAUCAACAAAUUAAUCACAUAUAAGGACAAAGAUCAUAAACAUUCGAACAAAGCUGAUCAACAUAGGGACAAGAACCGCAUAGAAAAAGAAAAAUCCAGAAAUGAAACUGAAAAAACUACACUAAAAUAUUCCGAAGAUAAAAACAAUAAGUCAAAAAGUAAAUCGAGCAAGUGUCCUAACGAUAAGGAAAAAAAACGCAGUGAUUAUAAAGAAAAACACGAAAAAAACCAUAAAAGUGAUCAUAAAAAAGAUAAGGAAGAAAAGCAUAAGGAUAAGAAUCGUGAGAAAAGCCAUAAAGAACACGAUAAAGACAAAGAUCAUAAAGAUCGUUCGAAAGACAAAGAUAAUAGAGAGAAAAAGUCGAAGUCUGCAGAAAUCAAAGACGGUGCCGCGGAGAAAAAAAGCUUCGAUAAAAAUAAAGAUUGCAAAGAAGACAAAAAAGAAAAACAAAUGAAAGAACUUGAACAGGAUAUAGCGAAAAAUGCUGCAUCGAAGCAAAAGGAUGCAACCUCAGUUGUUCGGGCUGUUCCGAAUAAGAUAACCUUCGAAAGUGAGAAUGCGAAUGUGAAAAAUUACCAAGACGACUAUGAGCAACUGACACAAAAGUUGAACGAAAUGAUUGAAACUACUACUAAAACUCAUGAGAAACCUAAAAUUGAGAAUGAACCCCAAAUCUCAGAGAAGCCUUUGAAAGAAGUCAAAGCAGAAACCAAAGCAAUAAAUAGAGAUCCGCGUCUCAAACAAGGUUCCCUUCAAAACCUUACGACCGAUAGAAUAGCCUUUAAGUACAACCCGAAGCCGAAACGACAGGAAGCUGACGCCGAUCUAGAGAAGGACGUGGUAGACUCGAUCGAGAAGAGCAUGAAAGAAUCAAACGUACCAAUGCCUCCUGCGGUCAAACUUACGGCGCCACCUGCGCCUCCGUCCGACCUAUUUUCACCGGAAUCGCCCGACGAGAUAGAUAAAAUGGCAGUUCCACCCAUUCUCAAUGACCUGCUUUUGAAUCCUAAAACCACAGGAAUGUUGAACGAGGUCGUGUCGGCUUUGAGGCGAUCGAACAACGACAGCAAUCUGAUAAGCAUAGCGACCUCGGCGAACGUGUGCAGCGGAGAAUCCAAUCAGCUCGGACAGACGUUCAACCAGACUCCCGCCCUGCGUUUCUCUCCACCCGUCCCGAAGAUCAACUUCGAGGCGCCGCCUGUAGAGGCGCAGAUAUUUUCGCCGCCGAAACAAACCAGAUGUUUCACUUCGUUCUCGGAUCAGAAGGAAUUCGACUACCAGCCUAAGAGAAACCAGGGACCGCCUUCUUCGCAUUUGAACUCGUAUGAGGAGAGGAUAGGUCAAAGUUAUUUUGGAGAGAGAACCGGAUGUUACGUCGCUCCCUCCCUCAAUUACUCCAGCCCAACCCUUAAUUACGUUCCACCGUCACCAAGUUAUGGUCCCAGUGUUUCGAGUUUCAUUCCCCCCUCUCCGAAUUACGUCCCGCCUUCCCCUAUUUACGAAGGGAACGCGGAAACCUUCAGGGAUAUGAACUAUCAAAAUUUUCAAGGAUCCAACUCCCAACGUUUUUUCGACGGCGACAGGGGUUCGAUACGUGCCAAAGGGUUACUUGGGGACGCACCAUCCAGGUUCAACAACCCAUAUCAAAAGAAUUACGAUAACUUUAAUUCUUUCGGUUUAAGAGGAAGUAGCAGUAACUUAUCAGAAACGAGACCAAACUAUUACGGUGGGUCUCGAGAUCCAAGAAUCAAUAUGAAUAGAGGCCUUCAAUAUACAGGACAAGAUAUAAGACCGAUUGCUAGAGAAAGCCGGAUGACUUAUAGAGAGUACAAGGAACAGAAGGAAAGAGAAAAAAGGGAAAGGGAAAUGCGGGAAAGGGAGAUAAAAGAAAAAGAAGAAUUAGAUAGAAAACAAAAAGAGAGAGAGGAAAUUGAAACAAAUGCAAAUUCUGUCAAAGAACGAGAGAUCGUUUCAAAUAGUCAAGUAGAGAACGAAAAAGACAGAACGUCCAUCAAAGUCGAAGAAAAAGAAAGCGAUCGAAGUAGGACUAGGGAUCGAAGCAGAGAUAGAUAUUCCAGAAAUCGUUCGUCUUCUAGAUAUAGAAAGGAUCGCGAUGAUUACAGGAGCCGUGGUGAUAGAAGAGAUCGAAAUGAACGAAGGGAUCGAAGUAGAGAAAGAAGCAGAUUCGACAAGGCUUACUCGGUUAGAGAAAAAGAUAAAGGUUUGUCUUCACCUCUUAAUGAACUGUUCAAUCCUAAGUCAACUAUUGGGAAAGGUUACAGUACCCAGUACAAAAUACCAAAGAAGAUUAAGGAUGAAGAACAAUCGAAAGAAGAUAAUGUAAAGAAUGACGACACUGCCAAAAUAGAAAAAAGUUCAGUGAAAAAGAAAAGCAGUGAUGAAAAAUUUCGACAUGAUAAUAAACUCCGAUCUGAAAACGUGACUGAAAGUAAAAAAGAAGAAGAUGAAAUUCCAGAAAAACAAAUAAAUGUGCAAGAAGUGGAACCUAAAGAAGAAACUAUAACCAAUCAAAAAAGAAAUAAAAACAUGGAAGAAGAAACUAAAAAAGAGAAUGAUGAAAAAACAACGGAAUCAAAAUUGGAUACAGAACAAAAAACUGAUAGUAAAGAAGAUAAAAAAUGUAAUAUUGGCGAAAAAAAAGAAGAAGAGGAAAAUAUACUUAGUAAGUUUUUCCAGAACCUUAUGAAAAGUGGCAAUAAAGACGAGAAGAAAGGAGCUCUUCUUUCUCUUAUUAGUACCUUCUCUGACAGCUUCAGCGAUCAACAGAUGCAAAAAAUAACCAGCAUUAUAAAAUCGGAAGAUGAUAUUGACGAACCAAAUAAAAAGGAGAAUGAACAAGAAAAACAGGAUAUACCAAGCAAUCAGUUGAAAGAGAUAAAGGUGGAUGAUAAAACUGAAAGCAUACCUGAAGGAGAUACACCAGAACAAAUAGAGGAGGAAAUUGAACCAGAAAAGGAAGAACCUGCGGAUGAGCCUAUUGAAGCCGAAGAAUUGCCAGAAAAAAAUCAGACCAUAAUAAAAAGCGAAAUUCUGAAACCAGAACUCAAAUCGAAAAUGAAGACCAAAUCCGAAUUAGAUAGAUUGCACGACGAUAUCAGAGAAAUGUUUAUUCGAGACGGGGUCGUAACUGCUACUGGAAAAAGGAUGUGCAGAAUCUUAAAGGAUACCUCCCCGCAAAAAUCUUCGACCCAAGAAAAACUCGAGGAAGAAGUUCCUCCCGAAGAAACGGAAAAAAAAAUCACAACACUAAAAAGAAGGGGUAGGAAACCUGGCUAUCGAAAAAAUAAGGAAACUCCAGAAGUAGAAAUGAAAGAACUGUCAGUUAUUUUGCCAAAGAUGUCUUUGGAUAAAAUAAAAUCGGCAGAUGAAGUUUUGGAGAAAGAAAAGCAUUGCGAGGGUGAUGAUGAAGCAGACAAAAAGGAAGAAAACUCAAGCGAAGAGGAAGCAUCUGAUAAAGAACCCGUUGAAAAAACUAGUCCGAUCAGGAGAGGCCGAUAUAAGAAGAGGAAUUCCUGGGCAACGGGAGUUAUAAAGAGAAAACCUUGUCCAAAAUCUAAAAAGCAUAAAAUUCAAGAUGUGACCGAAGAAAAGAAAUCAGUCAAGGACGCAGAGGCAGAACUUGAUAUUGAGACAAACACCGACAAGAAGCUGGACAUUCCGAAGGAGGGUUUACAUGAGAUCGACUACUAUUUGAAGAUCGGCCAGACCAGAUUACAGUGUAAAUACUGCGAAGUUUCCACUAAAUGGAUCGCGGCUCACUACAGAACUGAACAUCCGAACGAAGAGGUUCUAUCCUCGCGACUUGCCCCGCACGUGGCCAAAGCAGCUAUCGCAGACGCCAUAAAAAACAGGGAGAUAUACGAGAACGACAAGGAAGAAUCGAUGUCAAAGCACGAGUUCCUAUGCAGUUUCUGUGAAUACAAACAAAUUACUUUACCGAAAUUUUAUCGUGACCAUGUUUCUAUUCACACAGGCGAGUUCAGACAUACCUGUCCUUACUGUAGUUUUUCCAGGUCCCAUAUUAAAACUAUGCAAACUCACGUUACGGAAGUUCACGCGGAAGAGGAGGCUACUUCUAAGAAACCAUUGAUCUCCGAACGUGCUCCAAACAACAGAAAUACUUACGCUUACAUUUGCGAACUGUGUAACUUUACUCAGAUGAACUUGGAUAACGUGACGAGGCAUGUUGAAAAUUAUCAUUCACAAUAUAAAUGCCAGAUUCAUAAGAUAAAGGUGAAUUGUAUAGAAAAGAUUGAAGAGAAAACUGCAGACAAUAACACAGUUCUCUCCGAACGUCCCACAAGAAGGUUAUUGAAAUCAAAUAGUCAGCCUGAAGAGAUUACAGCGUCUCCUAGUCAGGAAGCUACCAAACCUUCAAAUAUUGAAGUGUCCCCAAAGGAAGAAGAAGCCAAAACGCUGGAAGAUGAAUCUCUAGGAAGCUGUGAUACGUCGAAUACAGAGGAAGAAUCUACCGAAACAGAUAAACCAAGAAACAUUCAAACAGUUUCAAGACGAACCAGGAAACGAGGUAAAAUAUUCAAGGCUCCCCCCAGUCCUGUUAAAAAAAGAUUGAAGAGGCGAUGUACUUUGAACAGGCUGUCGACUACUGAUUUUGAUGAUGAUACAUUUGAAGAGAUCGAGGAAAAAACGGCCAAAAAUAUAGACGAGGCAGUGUUCACAAGUAACACAGAUAUUCAAGAGGAAAAUAAAAGGAUUGAAGAAGAACGUUUGAAGACGAUGCAAGAUAUCAACAGCACCAUUAAGUUGAGAACUUCCUCCGAUUUCGUUGAAAAACUCAGUCAUAAAUUGAAGCAAGAGGAGGAGGUUACAGUGAAACAAGAAGUUGAAGAAAUUAUUGAGAAUGUUUUAGAGAAGACACCAGUCAAAGAUUUGCCAGUGUUUGAAAAAUCCGGUAUUCAGAUUAGAGAAGCGGAGCCAGUUUCUAUACGCCAAGAAACUUCGCCGAAGAUGGGAAAGGAUAGCGGUAAGGUGAACCCCAUAAAUGGUGUGAUAGAAAAACUACAAGGCAUACUAGGCAAUCCACCUACAUCCUGCGAUAAUGUUGCAUCUCCGAAUAUUCCAUCUGAGGAAUUAUCCUUGCCUUCUAUAGAGCCAACUUUCGACGAUAAUCCUCCUUCUUUAGAAAUAGCUGAAACUAAGAUUUUUCCUAAGGAGUGCGUGGGUAACGAAGCCAUCCUACCUCCACCAUUGAUACACAUGAAUAAUGUGGAACAGACGGUUGAAAAGAGCAAUAUGGUGAACAGUGAAAUUUUGAAUAUCGGCUAUGUGAAGGUCAUAAAAACAAUGGGUACAUAUAUCUAUGUUUGUUGUCUACCACCCUGCAUUUUCUCCUCCAGAGACCGUACUGUAUUUGCUCGUCACUGUCAGUAUAACCAUCAAUGGGACGAAAAUAGCCCUAAAACUUCGCAGUGCUUGGAAUGUGGGGAGACUUUUACUUGUUCCGAAGGCGGCAACCUUCUGACGUCCGCUUUGGAUCACACUAACAGCCAUCAUUCCAAUUUCUUGGGUAUCAAGAUCGGCAGUAUAAGAAUCAGCACUAAUCUUUUCCCAGAAAGCAGAGGCUCUUCUGAAAGACCAUCAACUCCUCCAACUAUCAGUAUUCCAUCUCCGCCAGGCAACCAACUUGGUGAUGAUAUUGAUUGUUUUUUUUCAAACGAUGAACCACCAGCAGAGACUAAUGAGGGUGAAAACCCAUUCUCUUUUAAGAUAGUAGAUGUUGUGUCCCUGGCAGAAGAUAAUUUGACUCCAUUAAAUACCUCAGAUAAGGUGGUCGAGCCCCAAAGCCCAGAUAAAGAACCUGGCCCUUCUCAAAUCCAGCCGGAUUCUUCAUCCCUAUCCAAGAUGCAAACGAUGAAGCUCCUAAUGUCGAAAUGCAAAUCAAAACAAGAAGAGGCCUUGUCUAGGAAAUGGCCUACAGCCAUGAAAAAAUUUUUGAGCAACUAUUUUGACCUAUACAAAUGUCCAGAUUAUUCGUGUGUCUUUACAACAAACAAGAGAAAAAUGUUUGAUAUUCAUCUGAGAACACAUCCCAAUAAUAAGAAGAAAGUAAAUUGCCUGUAUUGUGACAAAUUGAUAGAUUUCGAUACUUCUGGAGACCAUUAUGAGAAAUUGCACGGAAUGUGUAGAUUCUCUUGUUCCUAUUGUCUUUAUAGGUGUAUAGCAAAGGACUAUAUGGACAUACAUCAGGUCUUAGCCCAUCCAGAUAUGCAAUCUAGGAUGCAAUUGUUACCGAAAAGAGAUUUGGAAGAUAAGAGUUCUAUAUCCAUCUUGAGUGAAGCAACAAAACUCUCUCCAAUUACACCUUAUUUAUGUUGUGAUAAAGAAUAUCUGCAUCAAAUCCCUUUCAUUGAACAUGUUGAAAACUGUUUGAAAAAUACCAAUUUUCGUUGUUAUUAUGGCAAAGGAAUGAACAGCUGCCAGACCCCACACAGUAAUUCAAAAGACCUGGUCAACCACUGGGGAACUACUCAUGAUGUGUACCCAUUGAAGUGCGCCUAUUGUUCUGUCGGAGAUUUUGACCUGAACGUCAUGAUGAUACAUUUGGUAUUGGAACAUCCUACCUUACCACCAGAUAUAAUAGACCGGUACAAUACACCUGUCAGUAGAAAUAAGAAACCACCAACCAUAUCUAGUGUUCAGUGUAACUUCAAAGAACUAGUUUUCAAGUUGAAGUCGUAUUCGAAUUGUCUUGUGCCUAAGACAGCAGAGAGCCUACAGCUUCCAGUAACCUCCCCCACAGUCACCCCUCCAAAGACCAUGCAGACUGCAUUUGAGAAUUUCGUGCAAAUGUCUAACUCAAAAACCAUUUCCCCUUUACCAAAAGUGGCCCCUCUUAGUAUAGCACCUUCCAUAGCCUUGCUAAAGCCCACCUCUAAAGCCAACGUAAUUAAUGCUGGUAGUGUUGUUUAUUGCUUAUCUCCAGCUCCAAAUAGUCAACAAUCUCUGUUCAAAGCUAUCGUCGUAAACAAAGACAAAACCAUGGUGUCCCAAAAGUUGCAGUUGGUAGCUCCUAUGAGUUCCAAGACAGAUGGGAAGUACCAAAUUGUAAAUAAGAUAAUGCCUAUGGCGCCACCUAAGCUGGCUCCCUUGACCGCCAUUCAGAAUAUGUCGUCUAUGAAUAAGGUUAUUUCUUCGAGCAGUGAUAUUAUAACCCUGAACUCACCUGAUGCCAGUAAUCAAGUUAAUCCUAACGUGAUUACGACGGGCAUGGAAGAGAGGUUGUGUAAUAUUCAGAAAGAUGGCAACAUCGCAGGUGAUUCAGCUGAUAUGGAGAAUUUGGAGGAACCUAUGGUGGUGAUCGAUGAUGAUUUAAAUAACGAGCGGGAUGAGGCGGUAGACCCUCUCAGCUUGGACACCGAACAUUCCUCAUCCGGUCAAGUGUCGAAGACCCCCCAACCAAAUGCGACCCCGAUGCAAGAUUACGAUAGUGACUCGAAAGACAUAGAUCAGCAUGAGAUGUUGGUGCAGAAGUCCGGACUUGUCGGCUACCAGCUCUUCCGAUGCGCCAAGUGUGAUAUGUUCUUCCCUGGCAGUUGGCAGUUCAAGGAACAUCUGAUCAAUUCCACUCAGUGCAAAUUUGAGAAUUCUCCCCAAAAACCUUAUAAGUGCUUCCAUUGUGGCAAAUAUCUGAAGCACUACACCAAUCUAUUGGACCAUUUGACUUACCAUGGCCCUCCUAGGUUCACCUGUUCCCUCUGCAACAAGAAGUUCCCGCAUGCGAACCAAGUCAAAUAUCAUAUGAAGACACAGCAUAAUGUUAUCAAUGUACAAAUGCAACCUUUGAUCCAGACUAAGGCGAAUUUGAAUAACGACAGUUUCAUAGCUAAGCCUCCUGUGAUUGGGUGCAUCAAAUCAACAAUCAAAGAAACAAACAGUGAAAUCGAUGCACAUAAAGCAACAGAGGUUAAGACAGUUUAUUAUUCUUUUGAAGCAGAUCAGAUACCUCAGAAAUCUAUAUUGGGUUAUGAUAUCACUUGCGGACAUUGUAAAAAAUUCAAAAAUAAGGUCCGAUCAAACAUCGUAAGACAUCUUCUUCUUCACCAAAAUGAUAAAGACUUCACCGUACCAGACACCGCCCCAGUGAAUCCUGUUCCUUGCCUGGAAAAAAAUGAAAAAAUGUUUGACAAAAUGUGCAAUCUUGCAAGCAGUUCUCAUACAGGAGGAAGAAUGGGGGGACAGCAAAAAGGAGAGAGCAGUAAAGAUAAAGCUAAAGACAAUAAUUAUCCAGCUUUUGUACCUAGCAACAAACGAUAUCAGUGCUGUGCUGUUGGUUGUAAUUAUUUAUGUCUAGAAGAAGGCAAUUUGCGUCAUCACUUGACAGCACUUCACAUGGAAGAUCUUAAUUUUGUCUGUGUUCAUUGCAAAAGAGAUCUUUCUGAUGCAGUUGAUGUCGACACCAUAAUAAAACACCUAAAGUUGCAUGAUCUGCAUCUGUACAAGUGCAGUUACUGCGAUUACAUGCAUAACUUGAAACACAAAAUUGAGAGACAUAUUGGAGACGAUCAUAAGAAUAAAGAGAGUACUGUUGUGACAAUAAGAGCAAUGGAUGCUGAACCAUACGAUGAUAAUCAACAACAACCCUUCAUACCAGUGGCUUUUAAUCAAAAAUUACAGAAGCCAUGGAAAUGUUGCAUGUGCAAGUAUAAAUGUCAAAUGGAGGAAGAGGUGAUGAAUCACGUCAAAAACAAACAUAAUAUCGACUGUAGAUACAAAUGUGCUUUAUGUACUUUCAAAACUAAUGGCGUAUCAGAGUUCAAGGAACAUUUCAAAACUAAUCAUCCAGAAGGUGCAAUUGAUAUCAUAUCGGUGUACCAUAAGGAUGAUGAGAACAGUGAGCAAGUCCCUGAAAAUGAUCAGUUCGAUACAACACCCUUGUGGUUGAGGGAUAAACCAAGAGUAAGACAUAUUAGGGGCAUACUUUUUGAAGAUGAUACAGCCAUGAAAAAGAAAGCAGCUCCAGUUAAAACAGAUCCAUCAAAAGAGCUAUCUGGGACCUCAACUACUAAAAAAAGGAAACGCAGCAUGAGUACAGUAAAUGAGCCUUUUAAGUUAGAAGACGAAGGGAUUCAGCCAAAGAAAGAGACAAUAGAACCAAAAAUAGGGAAUAAAGCUUUUGGAGAUGUAAUUGUUAUAGAAGAUGAUGAAGUUGAUGGACCUUCAAAAACUGACAACAAAAAAGUGGAUCCUGUAGAUAAUCAAGAUUUAAAUGACAUUGAAUUGAUCUGUAGGUUUGGCGAUUUUGGAAUGCCCUUGAAUAAACAUUUUAAGUGUCCAAAAUGCGAAAAAUACAAGACAACAAAAAUGAGAGAUUUCAUUCAACAUGUUGCUGGGGAACUGAGAUACUAUAGAUUUUCAUGUAAAAUAUGCCAAGAGAAAUUUAUCACUCUAGAAAAUAUACAGAUGCACUGCAUUGAUUAUCAUGACUGUUCUGUCAAAAGUCUUACUCACUUGCCAGUAGAUGAAGCAAUCAAUAAAUGGCUAACAUCCUUACUGAUAGAACAAAGAAAGAUUAUGGUAAGCUUGGGUUUAGCUUGCGAUGAAGUUCCAACUCAUAUCGAAGAUUUUCUUGGAAGGAUGGAGGUCCUUCCCAGAAGAACUAUUAAGUGCAAAGAAUGCGGCUUCGCAGUCUCUGGUUCUCAAGCAUUGGACCGACACAUGAAAUACAAUCAUCCCCAUAUAGCUUUCACGCCAAAAUCACAGCCACCUAAGCCUUCAGAACCUGCACAGCAAACAAGUACGUCCGGCAAGAAGAGACUUAGCGUGGCAUCUUUGGAGGGUGUUACACAACCGAAGAAGAUUAAAAUGACUAAGACAAUUCCAAUGGUGAAAGAUAAGUAUGUCUGCAACGAUUGCGGGAUUGAGUUCAAUUCGGUGCCAGAGAUGGAAUAUCACUCCAAAGAAAAUCACAACGGGUUGGUUGGGUACACUAUCAAGAAGACAAAUCUGCCAAUCAAUUCUGGAGUUCUCAGGAUUACCUACAGGUGUCGUUACUGUUCUACAACUGGCAUCAAAAGCUAUCUGGAAGUUCACAUUUCUAAUGAUCACCCUGGUCAAAAAAUUGACGUUUAUAGAUUCUCCUGUGGUUUUUGUUCAGCCAAGUUUGAGACCCUUAAAUCUUUCAAGCAACAUUUCAAGAGUCACGAUCUUCCUGAUAUGUUUUACUAUGAUGUUUAUGAUAGAAAGGUGGCAUUACAACAAUCUUCAAUCUCAACUACACCCAAAGUGAAGAUAUACAAGUGUCCCAAAUGCCCAUACAAGAGUAAAAGCAGCAAUCCAAACAAUAUAAAACUUCAUCUAACACUUCACGCAAAACCAUUCCAAUGCGGAAUAUGCCAAGGUUUAUUCAAAACAAAACGCCAGGCAAGAACCCAUCAUUUGAAUGAACACCCACAUAAUAACGAAGUAAUAACAACACUUCAGGAAAUGUUUAAGUUGGCUGACCAGAUGUUGAAAGAGAUAAUAGAUACUGCAACUAUUGUGGAAGAGAGAGAUAAUACUCUAACAGAUGACUUGAUAGAAGAAUCUCUUGAAUUAGCAAUUCAGCCUGAAGUACUGCAAAGUAAUGAUGAAUUUGUAGACAUAGAAACAAUGGAAAAUGAUAUAAGUGGCGAAAAGGAGUUGAGCAGAGUGGCUCAUAAAGAAAAAAAACAUUUUGCAAAAAAAUCAACCGGUUUAAACAUCAAGUCAGAUGAAACAAAAGAAUAUUUCAGCUUCUAUGGUGAAAAAGCGGAGUCCGUUGAUUUGAAGAAGAUAACUACUAAUUUUGAGAUAGGAGGCUCAAGAGUAAAGAUUUCCUGUGAGAAAUUGAGUAGAAUGUAUAAUCUGAAUCCAAUACUUGAAUUGAAUGACUGCAUGACCUUGAUUAUUGAUGAUGAUGAAGCAUUAACUUCUUGAUAUAAGGAUUUCUCAGAUAAUGAAGAUGAUUUUUUCCUUUUCAAUAAUGCUUCUAUUGAAGAGUUCUUGCUCAAGGAUAUAGAUUCCUUAGAUAUUUUUGAUUCCCUUUAAAGAGGGGGCUCAGAUGGAACAAAUAGGAAAUAAAACUUAAUUCCGGAAUUUUUCCAUGGACAAUGAAAAAAGAAUGUGAUGUAAAUUAUAAUGUAUAUAUGAAAAUAGUUUUCGUAUUAUGUGAGUGAGAAAAGCAAAUGUGAAUUUAUUACUUUCUAUGAAAGACUUGUUGGAAUAAGGAACCUAGGAUGAAAAUGUGAUAUUAAGGCCAAUUCUCAAAUAUUUUUGUUGAUUUCGCUCAUUGUAUAUAAUAUAUAAUAAUGAUUUUGAAACUACAUUUUUGUUAGUUUGAACGACAAUUUAAUAUUUUUGAAAAUAAGUUAAAAGGACCUGUAUUUUUUCUUUCAGUUAUAACCUAAGACUUGGACAGUUUUCAAUAAAAUUCUAAAGAAGA